UGUUUCGCCGAAAUGCCGGUUGGCUUCAGACUAACACAGCUGAAGACUCACGGCAGUGUCCCGGCGUCCACAGAAUUGAUUUAAACUUGACCACGCGUUGAAGGAGCGAACACCGGCACACCUCGCGUCUCGCUCUUCAGUCUUCUCUGCAGCGCUCUGCAUUGCAACGUAACGGGAGCUGAAUGAAUUGAAAGUCGGACGCGGAUGCGGGCUGAUUGAGCAGGGACCACAGGAGGAAGAGAGCCCGCCGUACAGUGCCGAACGCCGGCAUGACCUACUUACCACAGAGCUUAAAUGACGUUUUUCUGCUGCGGUAUGGACACACCGUACAGUAACUGACGCGCUGCUCAACCUUGUAACAGUAAUAAGUGACCUUCAUUUUUCAUUUGCUGCUUCAGAACUGUCCACAACAGGAAACGUGACUGUGCUUUUUGACUAACAAGCCGACCAUGUCCUAUGCAAAAUAAGGGAACUAAAUAAAAUGCACAAGAAGCAUUGCAUGCUGGAUGAUUUGCCGACCUUUUGCAAUGCUCGGUGGGUUAAGAGAAACCAAAGGGAAAAAUAAACCAAGCAGGUGGUCCAAGGAUUCUGGAUACUUCCCUCUGCCCUGCUAUUUUCUGUCAGCAUCCUGCUGGACUAUACACCAGCUCUGCUCUUUUGAUUAGCCUACAGCUCUGGAGGCCCACAGUGGAGCAGGAAUUCAAAGGUCCAAAGAAGAGCAGGGCUGAUAAGUCUUUUUAAGCCGGAGCAGCCUGCAGAUGCCUUAUCUACUCAUUGGCAAAAUACUGUAUGGUGAUCACUUACUGUGAUAAGCAAUAAAGUCAUCAGCCAAGCAAUACACACUAAAGUGCUGUGCAGGAAGACAUUUCUGACCGUCUGCAAACUCAACAUUAUGCUUCUGAACUGUGGCCAGCCGUUACCUCUCCUGAGGCAUACGGAUGUGCCGCCUCGGGUCAUAGAAAACUUCAUCCUGACUGGCUACCGCUUCCCAAACUACAGCCUGAGGGAUUGCUUGCUAUCAGCGUUCAGGCCCACCAAUGAAACAGGCAACUUCUGGACACACUUCCUCCCAGUUUUUAUUUUUGCAUACUAUUUUGUGGAGGUGUUCGGUUGGGAAGGUGCACCGCAUGGCGAUGCCCCGUUCUUCUAUCCGCUGUGGAACUACUUUAUCGGGGUGUUCUGUCUGUUAAUGGCCAGCAGCAUGGCCCAUCUGCUCAACUCGAUGUCUCUCGUGGUAAGAGAAGUCUGCUUCUUUGUGGAUUACGGCACUAUCAGUUCCUACACUGUUGGCUCAUCAUUGGCGUACUACUACUACAUCCAUCCUCGGGCGGGGAUAGUAGAGAAGGGAGGCCACAAUGGCUCCCAUAUUGACUUGAAACUUGAACCUGCAGGAUCUCUUACAUCUUCCUAUGCAAUCCCAGAUUUCUGUGUGUUUUUCGACACCCUCUACAUCCCGACCGCAUGCGUUGUAGCAAUCAUUUGCGUCUUAUCUUGCUGCAACACUCGCCAGAGAUGGAGACGGCAUCGGUACAUCAUCCGAACCUUCGUUUUCCUCCUCCCAUUCCUCAUCUCCUCCACGCCAGUCUUCUACCGCCUCCUCACCAGAUCGCCUUACUCCACCACCUCCUCAUCGUUCGCAGCUUCCGCCUCCACUGCCAGCUUUUUCUAUCGCCACUGCAUCUGGCUGCUGGUGUCGGCUGUCUUCAACAUCAGCAAGUUCCCCGAACGGCUAGCACCGGGCCGCUUCGACAUCUGGGGGCACAGCCACCAGUGGUUCCACUGUUGCACGUUCUUGUCCAUCCUCGACGAACUCCACAUGAUCAAGACUGAGGUAAGGGCAAUCCUGCUCAGCCCGACCCUGCUGCUGCCACCCGCCAUCCUCUCCCGCCUACCAGGACCUACCAUGGCUUCCACCUACGGGGUGAUGCUCCUCCUCCAGACCACCAUCGUCUCCAUAAUCGUGUGGUUCUCCUGGCAUGCCAACAGCAUCUAUGGGCCCCAGAGAGACCAGCUAGAUAAGGAGCACCCCAAGAAACCCCUGAAAUGCAACUGAUCACAAAGACAUCUUUUUAGUUUUGUUUUAUAAUCCCAACUGUGAAGGAAGAUUAGCACACGCAUACAGAGCCAUGCCACAAAGAGAAGCGCACAAGUAAAACCAUAUUUCCCUCAUAAUUUCAAGUUCCUCAUAUGUUUCAGCCCCUUCAACAGCUUUUUUUCAAGCUUUCAUGAGCGGAAAUCUGGGACGAUGGGAGAUGAAAGGAUUAUAUUCUGAGCUCACCACAGGGUGGCUGUCUGGUUGAGUGGAUAUUGAAAGACCUUGCCAGUUCUUUCCCCUGAGCUCAUCCAGCAUGUUCCAACAGGAUGUCUGAGCGUCGCCGAUAAUAACUACCUCUAGGGGCCGUACACUUGAGGAUGCAGGAAAGGUGUUGAUACCCAGGAGAACUUGUUCCAUGUAACAUUUCGGUAAUGUGGCGUAAAUGUAAGCGUGAGCAUUUACAGAAGUUGCUGAUGUGUGGUCUGUUGUCCAGUAGUUCCUCCUGUUCCACUUCCCUUUCCCUCUGACCUCCGACAGCAUCUUUUGAAAAGUCUCACCUAUGGUUUCAGUGGGGCCUCUUCUUUCACAUUGAAUUAAUUAUAUUCUUGCCUGUGCUGACCACACCUUCUCUUCCUCCUGACGCUCACACGCAGUCUCAUUUCCUCUCUUUACAAGUGACCCUUGAAGCAGGAAGUGCGACAAGUCCAACAGAAAUAGCCAAGAGCUCAUAUCAGUCGUACAGUAAAGCACGUUCAGGGGGCUGGUCGAACUCGUCCUGUCAUUUAGAAGCCAUGCUCGCUUUUUUAACCUUCAAGGACGCCUAUCAUUACUGAUGUGAAUAAUGAUGUCCUGCUGACAUGUUCUGUUGGGUUAUUUAGAACACAUCUGCUUAAUGUAUGGUUUCCAUUACACUGAUGAAUACUUCCUCAUAGAUUUGGCUCACAUGGCUAAAAGUCUCAUGUAAAUCUCAUGUUUUCUAAUCAGUGGACAAUAACCAUACUGGACCUGGUAAACACUCUGUGCAUGCAUGGUUUGCAUCAUAAGAGCAACACAUCCCGUUUGAAGGCCUGCUUUGUGAUGGAUGAUGGUGAUAGAUUGAUAAAACAAGGAAGAUGGGAGCAAAUGUUUUGCCUUGUCUGCCGUGUGAUGUACAGCAACCUCUCCGAACUGAAGCCAUACUUUGGAAAGGUGGUAGUUGAAAUACUUGCUAUAUUGUACAGUAUAUCAUCAGGACCUUCCUGGAUAGAUUUGCACUUGACAAACUAGAUUACAGUAAUGGUUAAUUUAGCAGUUUGCACCUUAUGUAUUAUCAUUGCGUUCACAAGUCACAGAGCUAAGCAUCUGUUUUUCUGAAAAAGAUAUAGUUGGCAGAGGGUCAUUUAAUAGCACUAAACGCUGUUCUGAAGGUUCUUCCACAAUCCUCAGUGACUCUUCUACAGUGACAGUGACUUUUCUUGUGUUGUACAUAACUAGCAAAGAGAUGCCCUUUUUGGCUAGCUGGCAAUAAAACAGAGAUGCAACUUUGGGAACAGUUUUUUAAAAAACUGUUUCAUGCAGUGGAUGGAAUGUUUGUUUAUCCCAAAAGAAAAGUGAUUGAAGAACAACAUUAAAUGUUCUUAAGGACCUUUUCAAAGACUAUGAGGCAUUUAUCAUUUGAGAAGAACGGAUGCUAGGGUUUGUGAGAGGCACAAACUGGGUUCACCAUGUAGAUUAUAAAUGCUAUCCUUACGGAGAAACUAUCAUCUCUUCAUUUAACGUUUAACUGCAUCACGCAGUGUUUAGCCUUAUUGCUAGCAGGUAUUUCUGUGUUGUAGGAUCAUAUCCUGCCUGCAUAUAUGUUAGCUUUCACCCCUCGAUGAAAUACCCAUGUCUACCCAUACAUACCCGUCCAUCUUGUUUUUUAUAUACAAUACUGCUACCUGACAGGCCCUGUUUCAACGCUUAAAGCUUGGGACUCAGCCACGUUUGGGUUUGGUUGUUUGAAAUUUAAUUUAUUAAGAAAUAAUUUUUCCCUCUGUGACUGUGCCAAUUGUCUGUGUCCAUGUUUGUCACGUGUUUGAAGUAGAGGCACAGAGUAAAGAGAGAAGGGGGAACGCUAACGGUAUGCUAGUGGUUAGCUUACGGUCAGUAAUGGACCAAAGAAGGCUAAAGUAAAGCCUUUUAGGUCUGUGCGGAACGUUUUCUAAUGUCCCAGCCAGAAAGAAAAUUGUCUUACACGUACUUGUGUCAAUGAUGGGCAUUUCUGGCUGACAGUUUUUGGCGUAUUUAUUUCUGCUGGGUCACAUUUACUGGCAGGUUAAAUUCUUUUCAGUUAACAGUGUCUUCCGUCUCAACAAAAAUCAACAUGGUGGGUUCAAGACCCAUGUGCUGAAGUGUCCACAAACAAGACACUUAGUGCUGCUGUGUACCUGAGCCAGACCUCCCUGAUGAGGGAAGAUGAAAUAGGAUAUUAAUAGAGAAUUAUGAUAAGUUAUUCCUUUGUUCUGAGUUAAUUUGCACACUGAAAAUGGACCAUGACUACACUAUUCAUGUGUUUUCUCUGCGUGUUUUCAUGUAAUUCUGUUGUGUUCUCAGUGAUUUGGUCCUGUCAAGCUGUCUGUCUCAUAGGGAGUUGCAUCUUAAAUUGUUUUCUCUUACUCCAAUGUCGCAUUGACAUGUUGAACUCAUGUCUGUCGGAUUUCAGAAAUUUUACGAUUACCACUGUAUUAGUUCUACUUGUAUCUGCACAUUAACUUGUCUUUCGAUAGCAUUCACUUGUUUAAUGAUGAAAGCUGAGAUGUUAAUCAUGCAUGAAUCUGGAAUGGGUACCAUGCUGUUAUGGUGCACUUUAAAGCUUCUUCAAGGCUCCUCGAAAUGUUCCUUUAGGGGAAUCCUGCAGUACUGUAUUAUUUCAGAACACUUCAGGUUUAGGUUGUGCAUUCCAAUGAAUACUCCAAUGAUUCAUCGGGUAACAAUGCAUCCAAUGUUGAAGCCAUGUUUUUACCUCAAUAGAGCAUGUGAAUCACUGGCGAGGGGAAGAACCACCGUUGAAAUGGACCUUAUCAUGUCAACCGUCUAGAUGCCAGACUUGAAUCUAUCGAUUUUAAAGUUCAGUAUGUAAUUGUUAGACUCACACACUGCUGUAUCUAACCCAGUCAAGUACUCAGGGGUGACUGAGGAACGACACAAACCCGUUAUUUACACAUGCAUUUUAAUGAUACAUUUCUAGAGGUUGAUUAUAGAAUCUGUGUCUGUUAAUUGAUGAUUGAAAUACCACUAAUAUAAAUGACUGAGUUUAUUGAAUAAAUUAU